UUGCAUAAUCAAAACCUUCAAAUAAGCAAUGCAUAAUUCAACUUCAACUUUGUUCCCACCUCAAAAUGGUGAACCUUCCCAAACACCUCACUCCCCACCACCUCCUCAAACUCAUCUCCGCCCAAACCAACCUCACCUCCGCCCUCCGCCUCUUCAACGCCGCCACACGCCACCCUAACUACACACACUCCUCCGCCGUCUUCCUCCACAUCCUCCGCCGCAUUUCCCACACCACCCUCCUCCAUUCCCACGCCCCCCACAUCGUCCACACCAUCCAAAACACGCAAAAUCUCAUCUGCCCUGAAGACAUCCCUCUCACUCUCCUCAAAGCCUAUGCCAAAACCUCAAUGCCUGAUCAAGCGUUGAAGCUUUUUCAGAAUAUGUUUCGGGUUUUCCGGUGCCGGCCCGGUAUUCGUUCUUUUAACACACUUCUUAAUGCUUUUGCUGAGUCUCAUCAAUGGGAUAGGGCUGAGAAGUUUUUCGCGUAUUUUGAGACGGCGGGUGUUGAGCCGAGUGUGCAGACUUAUAAUGUGUUGAUGAAGGUUUUGUGUAAGAAAGGGGAGUUUUUGAAGGCGAAGAAAUUGGUGACGUGGAUGUGGAGUGUGGGGAUGAAGCCUGAUAAGUUUACUUAUGGAACUUUGAUUAAUUUGUUUGUGAAAAUUCGUGAUUUGAAUUCUGCGUUGGAGGUGUUUGAUGAAAUGUCUGAACGAGGUGUGGAGCCGGAUGUGGCUUGUUAUAAUAUUAUUAUUGAUGGGUUUUUUAAAAUGGGUGAUUUUGUGAAGGGGAAGAUGAUGUGGGAGAGGUUGUUAAGGGUGGAGACGGUUUUUCCGAGUGUUGUUAGUUAUAAUAUUAUGAUUAGUGGGUUGUGUAGGUGUGGGAGGUUCAAAGAGAGUUUAGAGAUAUGGGAGAGGAUGAAAAUGAAUGAUUGGAAGCAUGAUGCUUUUACUUAUAGUGCGUUGAUUCAUGGGUUGUGUGAAGGUGGGGAUUUGGAUGGCGCGAGAAAGGUUUAUGAGGAGAUGGUUUUGAGAGGGGUUAAGGCGGAUGUUGUUACUUGUAAUGCAAUGCUUAAUGGGUUGUGUAAAGCGGGGAAGGUUGAUGAGAGUUUUGAGUUGUGGGAGGAGAUGGGGAAUUGUGGUUCGCGGAAUGUGGUUAGUUAUAAUGUUUUUCUUAAAGGGUUGUUUGAAAAUGGGAAGGUUGAUGAAGUGAUUAAUGUGUGGGAGGUUUUGCGUGAGAUGGAUUGUGAUGUAGAGUCGACAACUUAUGGAAUAUUGGUUCAUGGUUUAUGUAAGAAUGGGUAUGUGACUAAGGCUUUGCGGGUGUUGGAAGGAGCUGAUGAUAGAGGUGAUGAUGUGGAUGCCUUUGCAUACUCGUCGAUGAUAAACGGAUUAUGCAGAGAAGGAAGGUUAGAUGAAGCGGCUAAAGUUUUGAAUUUGAUGGAUAAGCGUGGAUGUAAAUUGAACGCUCAUGUCUACAAUGCACUCAUCGAUGGGUUUAUGAAAAAUAACAAAGUUGACAGUGCUGUUCAAGUCUUUAGGGAAAUGAGCACCAAUGGUUGCUCACCUAAUGUUGUGACUUAUAAUAUUGUUAUAAAUGGAUUUUGCAGAGCAGAGAGAUUUCCGGAGGCAUACCAUUGUGUUGAGGAAAUGCUGGAGAAAGGGUGGAAACCGGAUCUUAUCACGUACAGCACGUUGAUAGAUGGUCUUUGCCAGGGCAAGAUGAAUGAGAAUGACACAGCACUUAGAUUGUGUUAUCAAUUUCUUGCGAAGGGAUUUAAACCUGAUAUUACAAUGCAUAACAUUGUCAUCCAUAGACUUUGUUCUUCUGGCAAAGUGCAGUAUGCUUUGCAGCUCUAUUGGAUGAUGCGAAAGAGAAACUGUGCUAAUCUUGUGACCCACAAUACCAUUAUGGAGGGUUUUUACAAAAUAGGGGACUGUGAAAAGGCGUCAAAGAUUUGGGCUCAAAUCUCAGAAGAUGGGCUAAAACCCGACAUCAUCUCAUAUAAUAUUACUCUCAACGGACUCUGCACUUGGGGUAGAGUAACGGAUGCAGUUGGGUUUCUAAAUGAUGCUUUGGAUAAUGGUGUUAUGCCAACUGUUAUUACUUGGAACAUACUAGUUAGAGCUGUGAUUUUUUAUGGGGAAUCAACUUGAUGAAAAAUAACUUAUUUUGGUUCCCACUUUUUUCUUAUGCUUGUCGAGUUCAUCAAUUACAGGCAUAUACUUCUGAUGCACAAGCAUUUUAUUGGCUUCCCACCAGAAAUAUGACCAAUGAUAUGAGGUUUGAGCCUAAGAACCAUUUGUUGGUAUGGGUACUUGGGUGCAAUAUGGCUUGGAGCUUGGCUGUAUGGGGGUGCCUGCAGUUGUCUGAACACAAAGGGUCGUGUGUUUUCAUUUAGUGGGAAAUUUUUUAAUCUGCAUCAAGCCAUACAUAAGUUGAUUGUUUUCAUUAAGACAUUGGGAGUUUGAGGCAGCAAUUACUAUACUCCUGUGAUUGGUACACCAAUUUGUUAAGCUACAGAGAAGGAUUGACCUUGUAUAGUUAUUGUUUCUCAAUAUACAUAUUUACAUGAUGGACGAUGCAGAGCUAAAUUUAGCUUCUCAAGAUACACAUAGAUUUCCCGAGGUAUAUCACCGCGUCAAGGAAAUGUUGGAGAAAGGGUGGAAACCAGAUAUUAUCACGCACAACACGAUGAUAGAUAGUCUUUCUCGGGGUAGGAUUAGUUAGGUUGUGUUGUCAGUUUCUUGCAAUGGGCUUUAAGCCUUACAUUACGAUGCAUAACGUAGUCAUCCAUAAACUUUGUUUGUCUCGCAACGUAUGCUUUGCAGCUCUAUUGGAUAGAGAGAGAAUUUGGUUAAUCUUUUGACCGGCAAUACCAUUAUGGAUGGUUGUUAGACUGUGAAAAGGCAUUAAAGAUUUGAUCUCAGAAGAUGUGCUAAAACCUGACAUCAUCUCAUAAUAUUACUCUGAAUGGAGUCUGCUCUUGUGAUAGAGUAACGGAUGCAGCUGGGUUUCUAAAAGAUUCUUUGGCUCAUGGUGUUCUGCCAACUGUUAUUACUUGUAACGUACUAGUUAGAGCUGUGAUUUUUUAUAGGAAAAUCAACUUGAUUUAAAAUUACUUAUUUUGGGUACCACUUUUUCCUUAUGCUUGUUCAGUUCAACAACUACAGGCAUAUUCUAUUGAUAUACAAGCUUAUUCUAUUUAUAUUUGCUGGUUUCCCACUAGAAAUGUGAUUAAUGAUAUGUUUAGGUUUGAGCUUGAGCAUUGUGUAGCAUUUGUUGGUGUGGGUGCGAUACAGCUUGGAGUUUUCCCUAAGGGAGUGCCUGCUGUUUGCAGUUGUCUGAACGGAAAGGGUCGUGUGUUUUUGUCGAGGGAUAUUUUUUAAUUUGCCUCAGGCCAUAGAGUUGGUUGUUUCGUUAGGAAGUUGGGAGUUUGAGACAGCAAUUACUAUACUCCAGUUUGUUAAGCUACACAUAAGGAUAUGACCGCAUAUAGUAUUUACAUGAUGGAAGAUGCAGAUGCAAAUUUAGCUUCUCAAGACGAACUGAGAAGUCAAAGCCACAAGAAUUGCUCCAAAAACUGCAACUUUUCUCCAAUCAGUCGAAGGCGACGCAAUAGAAUAAACUACUGUAAAGGUCAGCAGGCCAAUGAAGAAGAGAUUCCUCGAAUUCUAGCAUCUGGCUCUCCAUGUUUGCUGUUAUCUGUUAAAUACAAAGUGAAUAUAAGAGUUCAUUUAUUAUUUACAUUUCACACGGUGAGCUCGAAAGUGGAAGCAAGCAUACUCUGGCACUAGCUUCAUCUAAUUCUUUGAGUGCAUCUUCUCCAAUCUUUUCAAACUCAGAGUUUGCUUUUUCACCAAAUUGAGUUAAGUAUGCAGAUCUCUCAUCAAGAUAUUCUGUAAGGCGGAUUUUUCGAGUUUGAAGCGUGACAAUUUGGGCUAGAAGUUCUUGUUUUUUUGUAUCUCCUGGUUGAGGAGCUUGAGAAUCAGACCCAUUGGACUUGCAGAGGCACAAAGUAUAACUUCUUGUGUUGUGAAGUCUUUUGCAGUGGAUAUUACACUUGAUCUUGUUCAGUUUGAAGGAAGGAUGUAGGGAUUUCAGAGCAAUCAUCUUCAUAACAAUGGAAGUAGUAUUUGCAAGGGUUCAAAUAAAAAAGAAAUAUAUUAAACUGAGGGAGAAAGGGAAUGCAGCAUGACCAAGCUUAAGUGUGUUAACAGCAAGUAUUUUGGACCUCCCAUUAUGUUAUCCAUUUUAAACAAAGAUGUGGACAUUUUUGUCUUCUGCUAGAAAGUAUCCACUGCCUUUUAGUUUAGAUGAUAAUAAUAGGAGGAUUCCAACUUAUCCCUUCAGUGGAUAUUUGUAAUUUGGUAUCUAUAUAAAUCUGACUAAAAAGAAUACUAGUACUAGACAAUAAUUCAUUACCAUUGUGUUUACGUGAUGCACUUUAUGAUUUA